UGUACACCGUGUAACUGUGUGUGUACCUGCAGGAGGAAGUGCUGUGUGGUGCGGGUGGUGGAGAGGCUGGUGGAGGGGUGCCGGGACCUCUCCUACAAGAUACAGGACCCCAGGAGUCCCACAGUCAGCGAGGAGGAGAUGGUUGCAUGCAGGCUGGUGGAGGCCGUGAAGCAGCUGGGUACUGUGGUUCAUCACCGCCUCUACUUCAGUCCUACCAUCCACUACCUCUACGCCUCCCAGCUGGCCAGACACGCCUCCCUCCUCUCCGCGUCGGGGGCGACGGUGGGGUCCCUGGAGGCGAGCAUGACAGCGGCACAAGAGGAGAGAGAGGACUCCCUCGCCACCAGAGACGGCGUCAUCGCCUCCCUCACCAGUCACCUCCAGCACCUGGACCACGCCGGCGCCCAGGCUGUCCUCUCCUGCAGACAGGAGGCCAAGACGGAGCUGGAGGAGGUGAGGGCCAACAGUGAGAUCAGCCUCCAGGAGCUGAAGGGUGACCUGCUGGCCAGCUCAGAGGCCAUGAGCACCCAGGAGGACAGACACCACCUGCAGGAGCUGGUCCUUAGGAGUAGGAGGCAGGAGCUGGAGCGACAAGUCCAAGGGGUCAUCCGUCGAUACGACGCUACGAUGAGUCGCCUGCAGACCUCCCUGGAUGACCUCCGUCUGAAACACGUUGACCUCACAGGACUCCUGCAGGCGAAGCAGGAGUCGCUGGAAACUGUUGAGAAGAGAUACAUGGAAAUACUGGCCGAGAAGCAGCGAAUUGAAGAGGAGAGGAUGGCAGCCAUGCAGGCUGAGUUCCGGAGGGAGCACGCAGCGCGCACCAUCCAGAGGGCCUGGCAGCACUACAAGAUGCGUAAAAUGCUGAAGAAGGCGCAGAAGAAGAAGAAGAAGAGACCAAAAGAUGCUAAGAAGUGAUUGCGAGGAGAAUGCUCCACAAACUUAAUACUCUUCUCUAAUAUUUUAUUUCCAUAUGUUGAUAACAUCUUAAUUAAUUCCACGCAGAUAAUUGUAUAAAAAGUGAAGUUCCAGCUAUAACACAGCUUACUUUAGAAACAGAUAGGAAAGUCUCCCUUCCUGUCCUAGACUCACGAAUAAUGAAUUACACAUAUUCACAUUCAAAGUCAAGCGGUGUGGGAGACUGUUUUUUCCACAGCUGGUAGACUAAAUUUAUAGUCUUAGCCGUUGUUCCCACGAGGCGGGUGGGGUUCUCUAGUGCUUAACUCAAGCAUUCUAGUCACUGGCUGAGCUAUGAUAAGACAAAGGUAUCUAUUGUCUCAUGCCACACACACAUUAUUUAUGUCAAUAAGUCUCUGAAAUGAGACAUUUCUGUAGAUGUAUAAGAAAUGUAAACAAUAAGUCUAUAAAAUGAGUUACAAACAGAAUGUUGGAUUUCUAAAUAGAGCUAGUAUAUAUUAUGCCUAAAGCCACUAAUACGCACAGAAUUUCGGGCAAGAUAUGGGGGAAAAAAGCUUAAAAACUAAGACUAAUUAAAAAUAAAACUAAUUGAGAUCAAAAGCAUGAAUUAAAUUGAAGUAGAAAAAAGAACUUGCC